AUGUCAGAGGAUGACAGUACGAACUUGUAUCAGAACAGGUUUCUGGGGCUUGCAGCUAUGGCCUCUCCAUCUCGUGCAUCUCAGGACAGGCGGCGAUGUAAGGACCCGAUUCGGCACAGUUUCAACCCUGAGCAGUUUCCCAAUGUGGACUUCCAGAAUGGUGUACCUGAGGAGCUGGCGGUGUUCGUGCUGCGCUCCACCAGUGACACCGACCUCGUGACCUCUCACUGCCGCUCCACCCUCACCGUCAGCACCUCCAGCUACACCAUCGGCCAGACGCAGGACAUCACCCUCAGCUGGGACAUCAAGAAGGAAGUGGAUGCGGGCGACUGGAUUGGCAUGUACCUCAUUGAUGAGGUUCUGUCAGAGAACUUUCUGGACUACAAAAACCGAGGUGUGAACGGCUCCCACAAAGGUCAGAUCACCUGGAAGAUCGAGGCCAGCUCCUAUUUUGUAGAACCGGAGUCUAAGAUCUGUUUUAAAUAUUAUCAUGGAGUGAGUGGAGCUCUGUGGGCCACAACGCCUUGUGUGACCGUGAAAAACCCCUCCGCACCGGUGUUUAAGCCGGUGGCCACAGAUGACGUACCUCAGAGUCAAGGCAGCAGAAGACUCAUCAGCUUCUCUCUCUCAGAUUUCCAAGCCACCGGUCUGAAGAAAGGCAUGUUCUUCAACCCCGACCCCUACCUGAAGAUUGCUAUCCACCCUGGCAAGCACAGCAUCUUCCCUGCCCUUCCUCACCACGGCCAGGAGAAGAGAUCAGGCAUCUGCAAUAUCAUUAAUCCCAUUUGGCAGAGGGAGCGCUUUAAUUUUGUGUCUCUGCCCACGGAUGUAUUGGAGAUCGAGGUGAAGGACAAGUUUGCCAAAAGCCGACCCAUCAUAAAGCGUUUCUUGGGCAAGCUGUCCAUGCCGGUGCAAAGAUUACUGGAGAAACAUGCUAUCGGUGAUCGAGUGGUCAGCUACACUCUGGGUCGGUGGCUUCUAACAGAGCAAGUCAGUGGACAGCUGCAGUUCAGGUUUGAGAUUACAUCCUCCAUCCACCCAGAUGAUGAGGACAUGUCUUUUAGUACAGAGCAACCAGUGCCAGCAGCAGAAGCUCAAGUCCAUCCUCAGGCAGAAGACACAAUCAGUUUGGACCAGGGGGCCCCAGAGUUGCCUUUAGAUGGAGAAACAGCAUCUGUAGAGAUGCCCAUGGAUGCUGAAUCAGCCGAGGCAGAAGCUGUAGUGGAAGAGCCUUUAGAGUCAGAGCAGCAUCCGCAUCCGAUCCACCACCUGCUGCACUGUCUCCCAUCCACCGUGAAUGCUCCUGAACCCGUCCAGACACAGAGUGUAGAAGAACAAGAGGAAGACGAGGAAGAGGGUGCGACCCUUGAACCUCAUGCUUUAACACCCAACGGCACUCGCAGGACGCUGCCCCGCAGCCGCUCACACGAACGCCUCUCCGACCUCAUUCAGAUGCUUGAUGGAGAUGGACACCCGCUCAGGGCUGAGGGCCAAACCACAGGUCAAAGGUCACCAGGGCAAAAUGAGUAUGAUUUGAGCCCGGUGCCAUGCUGCAGUCACAUGGCACAGAGGGCCUCGGGCCCCGUCCGGGCAGCGUCUCUAGACAGCGCGCGUCGGUCGGAGAGCACUGCGUUCUCCUCACAGGAUGACGAGGAUCUGGUUUUCGCUUUUGCCAACUUGUAAUUGAAAAGUAUCUAUGAAGAAUGGCCUGGCAUGUUUGUGGUGUGUUUAGGAGAAUGUCCUUUGCCUUGCAACCAUCCUGCAGUUAGCCAUUUGCCCGCCCUGCGCCCCGACCCACAUCACUACCCCACCAUAGACGAGCCGCUGCCACCGAACUGGGAGGCCCGUAUUGACAGUCACGGCCAUGGCCUGCGCAGGUCUGGUUCUGUUCAACAGAUGGAGCAGCUCAACAGGAGGUACCAGACCAUCCAGAGGACGAUGGCCACAGAGAGGAGAAACGAGGAGACAGGAAGUCCUCACAACGAGAGAACAACCAACACUGAGACAGACUCGCCUCCACAGACAACCGAGUUGAGAAGAGACGCCCCAUGUUCUCCAGGUCAUUGUCAGAAGAUCACGUUACUGCUUCAGAGUCCAGCGGUCAAGUUCAUCACUCACCCAGAGUUCUUCACUGUUCUCCACGCAAAUUAUGGUGCAUAUCGUAUGUUCACAAACAGCUCGUGUCUGAAACACAUGGUCCUGAAAAUCAGACGUGAUGCCCGAAACUUUGAGCGGUACCAGCACAACCGUGACCUGGUGGCCUUCUUGAAUAGGUUUGCAGAUGCUCAGCUGGAGCUGCCGCGAGGCUGGGAGAUCAAAACAGACCUGCAGGGGAAGUCAUUCUUUGUAGACCACAACAGUCGGGCCACAACCUUCAUAGAUCCCAGGAUCCCUUUGCAAAACGGCAGGUUGCCGAACCACCUGACGCGCCGCCAGCACCUGCAGAGACUAUGCAGCUACAGCGCAGGAGAGGCAUCUGAGGUGUCUCGCACCCGAGGGGUGUCUUUGUUAGCCAGGCCUGGAAACAGCCUUGCAGUAGCCAUACGAAACCAAAGCCAGCAGGAGCCAGCUCCAUCAGCAUACAAUGAAAAGAUUGUAGUGUUUUUACGGCAACCAAACAUCUUUGAGGUGCUACAGGAACGGCAGCCGAGCCUGGUGAGGAAUCACUCGCUCAAGGAAAAGGUGCAUCACAUCCGAACCGAAGGCACACAGAGACUGGAGAAGCUGUCAUGUGAUGCCGAUCUGGUCAUGCUGUUAAGUUUGUUUGAGGGGGACAUCAUGUCUUACAUUCUUCUCACAUCAUUUCACCCCGGGUUCAACUUCUCUCCACGAUGCUCUCCUGGUUCUUCUCCUCAAAACUCUCCAGGGUCCCAGAGGGCUCGGGCACCAGCGCCCUACCGCAGAGAUUUUGAGGCCAAACUGCGCAACUUCUACAGAAAGCUGGAGGCAAAGGGCUACGGGCAAGGACCCGGCAAGAUCAAACUGAUCGUCAGAAGAGAUCAUCUGUUAGAAGGAACAUUUAACCAGGUCAUGGCCUACUCCCGUAAAGAGCUCCAGAGAAACAAGCUGUACAUCACCUUUGUCGGAGAGGAAGGACUGGACUACAGCGGUCCAUCGCGAGAGUUUUUCUUCCUGCUGUCUCAGGAGCUGUUUCUCCUAGCUGUUGACCCUUACUACGGCCUGUUUGAAUACUCCGCCAAUGACACAUACACUGUCCAGAUCAGCCCCAUGUCAGCUUUUGUAGAAAACCAUUUGGAAUGGUUCCGUUUCAGCGGUCGAAUUCUUGGCCUGGCUUUGAUUCAUCAGUAUUUGUUGGACGCCUUCUUCACCCGUCCGUUUUAUAAAGCUCUCCUCAGACUAGCCACAGAUCUCAGUGACCUGGAGUACCUGGAUGAGGAGUUCCAUCAGAGUUUACAGUGGAUGAAGGAAAAUGACAUCACUGAUGUGCUGGAUCUCACCUUCACAGUCAAUGAGGAAGUGUUCGGACAGGUGACCGAGCGGGAGCUGAAAUCUGGCGGGUCAACCAUGCAGGUGACGGAGAAGAAUAAGAAGGAGUAUAUCGAGCGGAUGGUGAAGUGGAGGGUGGAGGGAGGUGUUGUCCAGCAGCAGACACAGGCUCUGGUACGGGGCUUUUAUGAGGUGGUGGACUCUCGUCUGGUGUCUGUGUUUGAUGCCAGAGAGCUGGAGCUGGUGAUUGCAGGAACAGCAGAGAUUGAUUUAAACGACUGGAGGAACAACACAGAGUAUAGAGGAGGUUAUCACGAUGGGCACAUUGUGAUCCGGUGGUUCUGGGGUGCGGUGGAGCGCUUCAAUAAUGAACAGAGACUGCGUCUGCUGCAGUUUGUGACGGGUACCUCCAGCGUCCCGUACGAGGGCUUUACUGCGCUGCAUGGGAGCCACGGCCUACGACGCUUCUGCAUCGAGAAAUGGGGCAAGAUCACAUCCCUCCCGAGGGCGCACACAUGCUUUAACCGUCUGGAUCUCCCACCGUAUCAGUCCUACACCAUGUUGUAUGAGAAACUGCUGAUCGCUGUGAAAGAGACCAGCACUUUUGGCCUUGAGUGAGGACUAAUUCACCUUCCUCUCUGUGACCUUUCCAUGUACACCGUAUGCAAUUAUCUACUAGCGUGGAUUGUGGAUUCAUGGACUGUGUCCAGUGUCCAUUUCUUUGGUGUGUUCAGGACACCACUGCAUGCACCAGGCACCUGUGCAGGUGGACAGUGUGUAACGUGUAUGCAAUAGUGAAAGAGAAGCCUUCAACCCGCUUUUAACACUCAGGGUCUCGACCUCUGCUGAAGUUGGUCUCAGUUCGCACAUCAUUUCACCACAAACCACGUCCAGCAACCUUUUCCUUUGGUGCAUUCUCACGUUGACAAAAGUUAUAAAGUUAAAACCAAAUAUGCUCGGAGAACAUAUCUGAUGAGGUCUUGUAAUUACUGUAAAUGUGUGCACUAGUUUACAUUACACGGCACUAUCACAGGAAGUGGCAUCACUUUGCAGGAGUCCGACGGGGAAAUGGCAAGUCUGAACUGUAAUUUGACACUUUUGAUUUAUUCGUUUGUACUUAUCAAUACAUUUUAAUGUUAAAAUCAUUAACACAUCAAACAUAUUUAAGGAUGUUUAAGGCUUCAUGAUGUCUUGUCUGUAAUAUCUGAAUGAAUUGCCAGUGUUGGAACUCGUUUGCUUUCAAUGAUUUGAUGUUUUUGGGUUAAAAAGUCAACAUAGGAUGUUUACUUAAAUGUCAACACUAAAAGCAAAAAUGUAAAGAAUUAAAUGUGAUGUUUAUAAUUUUGUAGAGCGGGAUUUUAAACCAAUAAGACUGCACUAUCCAGCAUAACAAAACAUGAAAAACAAGGGACUGAAAAUGAAAAUGACUUGUCAGUGGUUAGAUGCAUCUAGAUAAGAAACUGUGUAAAGGUGCAUUCAUGGCAACAGGGAUUUAUAGUGUUUCACUAUAAACCAGUGGUGAUGCGAUACUUUAUGCAAAUGAGUAGAGUAAAGAUGUCUCAGAAGUAAAUGCUCAUGAGCAGCUUUAUGUGAUUCUUUAUGCACUACUGCAGUUUGUGUAUAUGUUUUCCUUUAGCAUGUUCAUUUUUAGCAAUAAAAUACUUUUUAUUUAUUGUAUUUUUAUGUACUUUUCAGUUUUCUAAACCAGAUCAUGUUGGCGUUAUUGGCUGCGCACAUCAUCUUUUUUGUUCAUUUGCAUUAAGUUCAACUGUUUGUCUAGACUUUGUCACAUCGCCAUCUCUCAGUCACUUAAAAAUUACUUGAAAAGUUACUUUCCUGAUGCUAUGAUAUGCACUUGCUUUCCCUAAUGUUUAGAAAAUGUGUUUUUGUUUUUCUGUUCUUAUGUCUUUUUAUGACUUAGAAAAUGGUGAGGGGAUUGAAACAAAUGAAAGACCAAAAAUAGUAAAUAAUUGUGCACCACACACCAUGUUUGUCAGAGUGCUUUAACUGUGUGUGUUUAAAGAGCAGUGAGAUACUCUUAAGAGUGAUUUAUUUAUUCAAAAAGGAAAUUGGUUUAAAUGUCAGGACUUUUUUUUUUUAUCUCAGGGUGGUUUGUUCUAUGA